GCACCAUAUGGUUGGUCUCCACGCAUUGCCGAUCGUCUGUCUAAGUACCUUUCGGCCAAAAAUAAUAAUGGUCAAAGAAGAGGUUCUGAUUCUUCAGGUUCUGUCAAAAGUGAUUCUUUAAGUAAUUUAAUGUUUGAGAAUGAUCUAGAUGAUGAUGAAAAAGUUUGGCAUGAAUUCGUUUUGGCGUCAACAGUCGCCAUUCAAGAUGAAGUAAACUCUAAAAAACUACGCCUAUGGAAAUAG